GGAUUGGGUGUUGUUGGAGUGUCAGAAAAGUGACCGCUCAUAUGUGUAUGUAUAAUCUAUAUACUUGUUCCUGCGUCUCUCUCUCUCUCUCUCUCUGCAUCCUCCUUCACACAUCAAUGGAGGCCAUAGUGCUGUAUCCAGCGCCAAACAUGGGUCACCUUAUCUCCAUGGUGGAGCUUGCUCAGCUAAUCCUCCACCACCACCAUCCUUCUAAUUCUCUAUUAUCCGUCCACGUCCUCAUCACCUCUCCACCCAUCAACCUUGGCUCCGCCUCCACCUACAUCGCCUCCGUCUCCGCCACCACCCCUUCCAUCAUCUUCCAUCACCUCCCCGACCCCUCUCCCCCUCUCCUUCCGGCCUCCUUCCCCUCCAUGGAAGUACUCGUUUUUGAGCACAUCAACCUCACCAACCCUCAUGUCCAAACCACCCUCCUUUCUAUCUCUCUCUUUUCCUCCAUCCGUGCUUUCGUUAUCGACGGCUUCUGUACUCCCGCUCUCGAAGUCGGCACUUCCCUCCAUAUCCCAACUUACUAUUUCUUUUCCUCCGGCGCAAGUUGCCUCGCCUUGUUUCUCUACCUCCCCACUCUUCACAAAAACACCACGACAAGCUUCAAAGACCUCAACACCCACCUCCACGUCCCAGGCUUACCACCCAUCCCCUCGUCCCAUAUGCCGGAGCCAACGCUUGACAGAACCAAAGAACAACAUUCUUGGUUCCUUAAUUUUGCUACCCGCCUUCCGAAAUCUGCUGGAAUCAUCGUUAACACGUUUAACUCUCUUGAGCCAAAUGCAUUGAAAGCUAUAUCUGAUGGAAUUUGCGUCCAGGACGGCCACACUCCACCCAUUUUCUGUGUUGGACCAGUGAUCAAGUCCAACGACCCAAGUGCUGGAGGUCAAGCUGAGUGUUUAAAAUGGCUUGACUCGCAACCCAGGGGAAAGGUUGUAUUUUUGAGCUUCGGGAGCUUAGGUACGUUUUCAAAGGAGCAGUUGAAGGAAAUAGCUGUAGGGCUAGAGAAAAGUGGCCAAAGGUUCUUGUGGGUGGUGCGCAGUCCACCUAUGAAAGAGCAAAGGCAGCUGUUGAUGUCACAAUCUGAUGAAGACCCAGACUUGGAUUCUUUGCUUCCAGAAAGUUUCUUGGAUCGCACUAGGGAGAAAGGGCUCGUCGUGAAGCAAUGGGCACCACAGGUAGCGGUGCUGAGUCAUGACGCGGUGGGCAGUUUCGUCACUCAUUGUGGGUGGAACUCAGUGCUGGAAGCGAUUUGCGCUGGCAUACCGAUGGUGGCGUGGCCGCUGUACGCGGAGCAGAGGUUUAACAAGACAUUGUUGGUGGAACAGUUGAAGCUGGCUUUGCCAAUGAAUGAGUCGGCGGGCGGGUUAGUGAGCGCGGCCGAGGUGGAGAGGCGAGUUAGAGAGAUUAUGGACUCGGAGGAUGGAAACUCGGUGAGAGAGCAGGUAUUGGCCAAGAGACAGGAGGCAAUGGCGGCAUCGAGUGAACACGGCUCAUCCCGAGUUGCGCUCGCAAAGUUUGUCGAGUCGGCGAAGAGGUGAUGGAUGGAUAUAAACGCGGUUCACUUCCUUUUUUCGAAUGUUUAAGGUAUAAAAUAGAAAAUAUACUCUGGUAAAAUUUUAUAUACCUCUUUCUCUGCUGAA